AACGUGAAAGUCGAGUCUUACUACAUACGUCGUUAGGCGCCGUACUAACAGCGCCGUACGUAAUGCAUAGAAUGUGUCCAUGAUCAUCUAGUAUUCUCAACUACAUUGAUUGUAUCAAAAGAAUUAUAUCUUGUCAAGUAGAUAUGGAUGAAACAAAAGAAAAGCAAGAAAACAAGAACGAGUCAUUCCUGUUCGAUUCAAGCUUAUUCCAAGACGUUCAACUGACCAAGGUUUUUGCUCCCGGCAUUCUUGCUGCAUUAUUCUAUGGAAUCGUGUCAGGAUCAAUGUCAUUUAUAAAUAAGAUUCUACUGACAUCCUAUGGGUUUCAUUUUCCAAAUGUAUUAAUGUUAAUUCAAGUUACGGUCACAUCAGUGAUCUUAGAAGUACUGAGAAUGGUUAACGUUUUGAAUAUACCAAAAUACACAAUGGAAAGGGCUAUGAAAUUUGCAAUUCCAUCUGUGUGCUUUGCUCUCCAGACAGCAUUAGCCUUAAAGGCUUUAACCAUUUUAUCAAUUCCAAUGUAUAAUAUCUUGAGAAGAUUACUGCCAAUUGUUACAUUAGUGUUUACUCGACUUAUACUUAAGAAAACCCCUUCCAUAGUGAUUGUACUUGCUAUCAUAAUGGUAGUUUCAGGAUGUGUUAUAGCAGGAGUAGGAGACUUAAAAUUCUCUACAGAUGCAUAUAUUUGUGCCUUAGCAAGUGUUUUUUGCCAAGCAUUUUACUUGACAUUUAUACAAAAAACCAAUGUUGAAGAAGGAUUAUCAACGAUAGCUGUUCUUCACCUCAACAGUAUAAAUUGUAUUCCCAUUAUGUUUGUCUAUGUGAUAAUGACCCGAGAAAUUCAACAAACCACUAGUUUUGCAGGGUACAAAAGUGCUGGAUUUGAGAUAAUUCUAAUUGUGGAUGUUCUUAUGGGAUGCGUAUUAAAUUAUUCACUUUUCCUUUGUGCGACAAUGAAUUCUGCACUAACAACAAGUCUUGUGGGAGUCGUCAAAGGUGUCUUAACAACUUUUAUUGGUUUCUUCACAUUUGGUGGUGUUCCUGCAACAUUUCUAACCAUUACUGGUAUAGCCCUUAACACUUUAGGUAGUGUUUUGUACACCUAUGGCAAGUACCUUGAAAACAUAGAGAAACAGAUCCAUAAGCACGUCCAUGAACAGUCUAUAGAGAUACAUGAAGACCCUAAGGUAGCCAAUGGAAUGGUUGUUAUUAAUGGUAGUACAGAUAAUCCAGAAUUAAAAACAAUCAAGGUUCAGUCAUGAUAACCAAAAGUCAUGUAAUACAUCAAACACAUGAAAGAGUGUCUCAUCCGAUUUCCAAACACCGCCGAAGUGAGUUGAAAAAACGAGGCAGAACUUUUUUUUACCAACUUCAAAGUGUUUGGAUAGAGGAUGAAGCACUCUUUCAAGUGAUUGUUAUGGCUUUUUGAACUAUUAGUAAUUCUUGGAGAACAAAUUAUUUAAAUCAUAAUUUGCCCAAAUUUUAUACUUAUUAAGAACACAUUUUCAAACCUCCUUACAGUAACGCUAACUAGUGAUUUUCUUUGUUUCGUCCUCAUGAAUUAAUUGAGUUUGAGAAGUAAUUCAAGUAUACUAUUCCAUUGAGGGGGAGAGGAAAGGAGGGACAGAGGGUGUGGGUACACAGCACCUCUUAGUUCCUUAUAAUGCAAUGAUAUAAUCACAAGUUAAUUAAUUAAAUUCAAUAUUCCUAAUUAAUUUACUCAAACUAGUCAGUGAAAACUGUCAUUUAAGUCAAUAACUACUAUAUUUUAUAAAUUUUAACUUCGAAUUCCUAAAUAGGAGAUGAGAUUUUAUUUCUAAUUUUUAACACAAAUUUCAAAUGCUAACUAGUUAUUUGAUUUUUUUUAUUUAUUUAUUUAUUUAUUUAUUUUUUGUUUUCUUUGAGAAAUAGGGACGACCAAUUUUUUUCAGUAAGAUAUGACUUAUUUUUGACAGCUUUCCAUGUUUGCGUUGUUUGCGCGUUUUUACCGUAAAAAGUGGGAACUUCGACGUGUAGGGAUGGUUAGUCGGGGACCCCCCUUUUUUAUUUGCUUAUUUUACUUCUAGUAUGAUGUUCUUUCAUCGUGCGAAAGUUUUGAAAAAUCUGCCGAUGGGAACUUUUGCACAUGAACAUUCUUAAGUCAGUAACGUAGGUUUCCCACUUUACGAAAGCCACUCUAUCUAGCAAAACAGCUAUUAGUAAUUUUCAAUAGAACUAACAUAUGUAUUUGAAUUAAGAUUAUAUAUCAAGUAUUUAAGGUAAAUCUUUUUAUUUAUUUAUUUAUUUAAGUCAAUAUUYAUACAGGCACAUCUAGUUUAGCAAUGCUAGUUUAAAUAGAGUCUUCAAUAAUCAUUGACAAAUCGCACGUUUUUAUAAUGCACCAAUUUGCUUAUUUUGCCCACCAACUUCCAAGAUAUGCUUCGCUUUUCAGGCACAAAGGUUUUAAUGUGAGGCUUCGUUGCAUAAUGCUCAGUAAUUUGUGACAGGAGAAAAGAAUAAAUCUAAUUUAGCACGUAGCCUCGUACUGAAACCUUUGUGCGUGCAAGCGAAAAAGCAUAUCUCAAAAGUGGACUCAGUGUUGUGUUCUUCCGUCAAUAAAUAUAAAUAAAUAAA